AGGGUGAAAAAAUCACGCAAAAUAAAUGUAGGAGGCAAAAUUUGCGGUUGCACGUUUUAACGCAACUUGUAAAGGUAGUCCUUAAAAGAGCUAGUAUAAAUAAGCCAAGGUCUAAAUGUUAUAUUUAGUGGAUUUACAAUAGGUGAUCAUAUUCUUUUUUAGUUGUUUGUUUCUAUUCCAAAUGGAUCCGGUGCCGUAUCUCGGUACUUUGGUUAUUUUGUUUCUUUUAUGGAUCAGGAUAAAGGGCCUAGAUUAUGUUAUAAUUCACCAGAGAUGGAUUUUUGUUUGCCUUUUCCUUCUGCCCUUGUCCGUGGUGUUUGAUGCUUACUAUUAUGUGCGAGCUUGGAUCAUCUUUAAGAUGUGUUCAGCGCCGAAGCUGCACAACCAGCGGGUCCGAGACAUCCAGAGACAGGUUCGUGAGUGGAAGAAGGACGGAGGAAAGGCAUAUAUGUGUACUGGACGUCCUGGCUGGCUGACCGUGUCUCUGAGGGUGGGGAAAUAUAAGAAGACUCACAAGAAUAUAAAAAUCAAUAUGAUGGAUAUCCUAGAGGUGGACACAAAACGACAGGUGGUACGUGUGGAGCCAUUGGUAAACAUGGGUCAGGUGACAGCCUUAUUGAAUUCCAUCGGCUGGACGCUACCUGUAUUACCUGAGCUUGAUGAUCUCACAGUAGGUGGUUUGGUAAUGGGCACAGGGAUCGAGUCCUCGUCUCAUAUUUAUGGUCUUUUCCAACACAUCUGUGUGGCUUUUGAGCUGGUCCUGGCAGAUGGCAGUCUGGUUCGCUGCACUGAGAAAGAAAACCCGGAGCUGUUUUAUUCAGUCCCGUGGUCCUGUGGAACCCUGGGCUUCUUGGUGGCAGCUGAGAUUCGGAUUAUUCCAGCUCGGCAGUGGGUGAGGCUGCAGUACAAAGCCGUGAAGGGUUUGGAUGCCAUCUGUAAGGUGUUUGCAGAAGAGUCGGCUAACAAAGAGAACCAUUUCGUGGAGGGGUUACAGUAUUCACUCAACGAGGCCGUUAUUAUGACCGGCGUUAUGACCGACCACGCCGAGCCUGACAAGAUCAAUCGCAUAGGUCACUACUACAAGCCUUGGUUCUUUAAGCAUGUUGAGAAGUACCUGAAGGAGGAUGGAACUGGUGUGGAGUACAUCCCACUUAGACACUACUACCACAGACACACACGAAGUAUCUUCUGGGAGCUGCAGGACAUUAUUCCAUUUGGGAAUAAUCCACUGUUCAGAUAUUUGUUUGGCUGGAUGGUUCCUCCGAAGAUCUCCCUGCUGAAGCUGACUCAGGGCGAGACGAUCCGCCGUCUUUACGAGCAGCAUCACGUGGUUCAGGACAUGCUGGUGCCUAUGAAGCACAUUCACAAGGCCAUCUCACAGUUCCACCAGGAUAUUCAUGUGUAUCCCUUAUGGCUGUGUCCGUUCAUAUUGCCCAGCCGGCCAGGCAUGGUCCAUCCUAAAGGAGAUCAGGAUGAGCUGUAUGUGGACAUUGGGGCAUAUGGUGAACCCCAAGCAAAACACUUCGAAGCUCGGGCCUCCACACGCCAGCUUGAGAAGUUUGUUCGAGAUGUACAUGGUUUCCAGAUGCUUUAUGCUGAUGUGUACAUGGAAAGAGAAGAGUUCUGGGAAAUGUUUGAUGGUUCUCUGUAUCAUAAGCUAAGGAAGGAGCUGGACUGCGAGAAGGCAUUUCCUGAAGUGUACAACAAAAUCUGCAAAGCUGCAAGACACUAAAGUUAGCCCUGCUUGAAAUGCCGGAAAAAGAGAAAAGGGAAUUAAUUAUAACAGUAAGCGCUUAAAAAAGUCAACCAGCGAUUGUAACACUUGAGACUUCUUAUAUUUAAAUCUAUUUUUGCAAACAAUAUAAAUAAAGGGGAUUUCAGUAAAAUGUGUAUUUCACACUCAAUAUUGUCUUUUUAUGUGCCUUUACAGGUACGUUAUUUUUACUCGAUAAUAUAGAUAUAUUUUGUCAAUGAAAGUGUUGUUCUCCUACUAAAUUUCAGUUAAAUCUCAAAUUGUUGUCCAAGCCUUGUAUAUCAACACACAACUGUAUAUACACUGAUCAGGCAUAACAUUAUGACCACCUGCAUAAUAAUGUGUUGGUCCCUCUUUUGCUGCCAAAACAGCCCUGUAAUGCACUGUGUAUUCUGACACCUUUCUAUCAGAACCAGAAUUAACUUCUCCAGCAAUUUGAGCAACAGUAGCUCGUCUGUUUGGAUCGGAUCACACGAGCCAGCCUUUACUCCCCACGUGCAUCAAUGAGCCUUGGCCGCCCAUGACCAUGUCGCCAGUUCACCACUGUUCCUUCCUUGGACCACUUUUGAUAGAUACUGACCACUGCAGACCGGGAACACCCCACAAGAGCUGCAGUUUUGGAGAUGCUCUGAUCCAGUCGUCUAGCCAUCACAAUUUGGUCCUUGUCAAACUCGCUCAAAUCCUUACAGUUGCCCAUUUUUCCUGCUUCUUACACAUCAACUUUGAGGACAAAAUGUUCACUUGCUGCCUAAUAUAUCCCACCCACUAACAGGUGCCAUGCUGAGGAGAUAAUCAGUGUUAUUCACGGCACCUCUCACUGAUCAUAAUGUUAUGCCUGAUUGGUGUAAGGCACAAUUUUGUAACUCAGGUCAACAGUUUUGCUUUUCCAUAAAUGCCACCUGUAAAUCCUAUUCAAUGUACUUUAUUUCUCUUACAAAUGAACAAAAUACAGACUGCACUUAUGUCCAUAAAUUGUCUUUAAAUUAUUCUAAUACACACAUACACGAACGUCUGUCUUAAUAUGUUGUUUCUACUGUAUCAGCACUCGAAUGUACACCUUGAAUAAAUAUACAUUAAUUCCUAA